GGGGUACCCUCCAUUCUCAUCAAAUGCACUUGCAACUGCCCGUCGUGGUUGCGCUGCUGCUGGCACAGGCAGCGCAUGCCGUGAAGACUCGGUAUUCCCAUCGCUUCGAGUAUGAAGAGUUCAUGUCUGCGCGAUUGAACUCCGAUGGUAUGGCAGCACGAUGGAACUCGCAGUGUCCAGUGCUAGAGUUCGGCAUGGAAGUCGGCUCCGAGUUGAUCUUCUCCGUCGAGCACGCCGACGCGCCCGUGACGUUUUCGCUCUUCAACUACGAUCAAUGGGCAGCCUAUCGCUCGCUGCUCUUCGACGUCAUGUCCCUGGAAGGGCACAAGGAAACCCUCGCCAUCACGUGCAUGCAUGCCGCGACCACUCGCGUCGUGUUCGACCCCAACGUCGACGCACCCAACACAACAUUCAAAAUUCAAAUUGCCACAGCGAGCCAAUACACGUUCCAAGUAGCAAGCUGUACGAUGCAGCACAACCUCGUCAACGCCUCCAUUGCGAUGGUCAAUUUGGGCUCGGACUACGCCUUGAGCGAGCAUUUGGGUGUGGAACAACUGGGAUUAAUUCCUCUCUACAGUGUCCUCGUGGUGCUGUACAUCGCGGGCACGGCCACAUGGGUCGCCGACAGCGUGCGCCACCGACCUUACACUCCAGCGAUCAACGUUGUGUUUGCGGUGGCGCUUGUCGGGGAAACCUCCAAGUGCAUCGCCAAGUUGGUGUUUUACAAGGCGUUUAGCGUGGACGGCUUUGAGCAUUCGGCGUACGCCACCGCUCGGAACGUCUGCGACAGCGUCACCAGCACCGUGUUCCUGACGUUCUUGGUGCUGUGCUCCAUGGGGUGGUCGUGGUCGCGCCGACCUCUGACUCGAUCAGAGCGCCGCUUUUUCAUCGUUUUAUUUCUCCUAUACAGCACUGUGUCCGUCAUCAAAGCCACGUGCAAUGGCCAAGACGUGACGUGUCAGUCGUACAUGCUGACGGAAUACGCACUCAAGAGCCUCGUGUUGCUGGGGGUCAUCGUCACGCUGAAUUACUCCAUCUCGCGGCUGCAAGUCCAGUCGGGCGGCAUGCGAUGGCAGCAGAAUGACAACGUACCCCAGCAUUACGCCCAUCUCGAGCGCAUGUGGCACUUUCGACUGUCGCUGGUGGCGUACUUGGUCCUGCCUAGCGUUGUCGUGUUGUUGAACGCUGGAGUGGUCAACCCGCCAGGCACGUGGCGAAACUAUUGGGUGAGCUGCCUCAACGAAGAACUGUUCCUGGUCGGUGUUUAUUGUCACAUGGCGUACACGUUGCGGCCGAUCUCGCCGGCGAUGUUUCAACUGCUGGACAAACAAGCAGAGUAACAAAGUGCAAAGUGCCGUUGGGAGGGUUAAAUAAGUGUACUAUGUGUGUUGUCAAUUGCCCAGUUCGUUGGGUUUGAACAGCAAAGCGGCCGAGAUGCGGCGGCGGAUGCUGUUGUCUU